AAGUCGUCCACGACGACGACGACGAGCAGAUACUAGUCUUGUUUCUCAGGGUCGACGUCAAUGUCGAUAUCUUCAUUUCUUCAGUCCGUCUUUGGUUUCAGAACUGUGCCUACCACGGUCUUUCUCAUUCUGAUUUAUGCUGCUGCAUUCGUUUCGCUCUAUGUGACUGACCAGCUCCCGGCCGUACCAGCUGUGGACAAGCAGCAUGGAUAUGGCGUCGAUUUGGAGGCGGCAUAUAAGGAUCUACAUUUGAUCGCUGCUCGUCCACACCCGUACAACUCGUAUGAGAACGACCGGGUUCGAGCAUACGUACUUGAUCGCGUCUCACAGAUCGCGCAAGGCCAUGACUUUGUCCAUGUUCUCGAUGACCUCAAUACGACGGCAUCGUGGCUAGAAGGACGACUGGCGACAUACUUUGAGGGGAACAAUGUAUUAGUGAAGGUCGAUGGAUAUGAGGGUGGAGCCGAUGAUGGUGACGCAGUCCUAUUCUCUGCGCAUUUCGACUCAGCCCCCACGGCGCCUGGGGCCACCGACGACGGGAUGAGCGUCGCCGCCCUUCUUCAAAUGCUCACGAUUCUAGCUGAGCACCAACCACGACGGACUGCCGUGUUCAACAUUAACAAUGGAGAAGAGAAUGGGCUUUCUGGAGCACAUGUAUUCGUGGAACACCCAUGGUCCGAGCUCACAUCCACCUUCAUGAAUCUCGAUGGCGCAGGCUCAGGAGGGCGCCCUCUCCUCUUUCGUGCAUCGUCCGUAGAUACCCUCCAAGCUUUCACCAAGGCUUUUGUCCCGCACCCACACGCCAACGCCCUCACAGCCGAUGCUUUUUCCCGCGGUGUCGUUCGCUCCCGUACGGACUAUUCUGUAUACACUAGUACUGCACCAGGUGGUCGUAUGCGUGGAGCGGACGUCGCAUUCUACAAGAACCGAGCUCGAUAUCAUACACCUGACGAUUCGAUCAGGGGCAUGGGUAGGGAUGGAGCGCGGAAAGCUCUUUGGGCAUUGUUGGAAAUCGUGAGAGGAGCCGGAGGAGCGCUGCUCAACGAAGAUGCAGAGAAAGUCGGGGUUGGACGGGGGAAAGUUGGUGAUGGCGACGUUAUGCAGCAGACUGAGGGAGCUGUAUACUUCGAGUUGUACGCCAACUUCCUGAUCGUAUUCGCCGCCAGAAUUUUACUAGCAGUUCAUAUCUCCCUGCUCGCUGGAGGCCCCAUCAUAGUCGCUAUAUUUGCCUUCCUUCUGUAUCGGCAGUCCGCCAUUGCUCAAAGAGGACAGGCACGUCGUCGAUGGGUCGAUAACGUCCGAGGUUAUGGCCGUUUCUGGCUCGCGCUGUUCAUCACCCUCGGGGCACAAAUCGGUCUUGUCGUUGGCUUCAUCAAGCUCAAUCCCUACACGAUCCAUGCUCAUGCACCUUCCGUCGUCCUAUCCAUCAUCUCCCUUGCCUACCUAACCCUCUCCGUCCCGCUCUCCCUCGCACAAAUCGUCCGCCCCGUCCCACCCGCAAAACAAAAACUCGCAUGCCUCUUCUCUCUCUACGCCCUGACCUGGAUAUUCCUCGUUUUCGCCACAGUCGCUCUGCAGCAAUGGAAUGUCUCGGGCAUGUAUUGGGUGGGUGCGUGGAAUGCGUGUACACUAGUGGCUGUGGUGAUCGGUGCGGUGGAGGGGUUGGUUGGGAGUGGGAGGGCGGGGAGAGAGGUUCCGGAUGAGAGUGUGGAGCAGUUGCAGGAUGAGGAACAGGAGAGGGGGAGAAAGGGGAGGGCUGUCCGAUUCCGCGGGUCAGAUGAAGCGUAUGGGGAAGAGCACGGUGAGGGUACAGGCAGCGGACAAGAUCAAGCUCAUUCCGGUGGAAAUGUCUGGGAAGGCAUUGAACACAACGAGCGUCCCGGCGCCACCUCACACCACGAUGAAGGCGCAGAAGAAGCGACCGAAACGACGCCGCUCAUGUCUCAUCGUGUCGUAAUGCCCAAGUCUGUUUUGAAGUCGUCGGAUGUAGUCUUGGACGAGGAAGUACAGGAUAAGGCCUUGUUUUGGUGGAUCUUGGAGGGUUUGUUCGAGGUGCCGGUGCCGGUUACGUUGCUCGGGAGUAUUCUGUUUCUUUGGGUGGGUGCGAUGUCGCAGACAGUUUUGGACGGUGGGUGGGUUGGGAUCGUCUACAUCCCGCUCUCGCUUCUCUGUGUCCUCGUCAUGCUUCCCCUGGCCCCAUUCGCCCACAAAAUGCACAGCGCAUUCACUAUCCUGGUCUUUGUCCUAUUCUUGGGCAGCACGCUCUAUGCCUGGCUCAUGUUCCCUUUUGAUACUCGUGACGCGAGGUGCAAAGUGUACUUUUCCUCUCGAGUGGAAUUGGCCAACUUCACCGCAUCCUCCUCUACCACCUUAUCGUCCUCCGAUGUUCACGGACCCCGGACCCCUAGUCCAUUCGACGCCGUUGCUCCGAAACAACCGAAGAUAUUACGUACGGUCACGCAGCUUACAGGCGUUCCGGAGUAUAUCGAACGUAUCGUCGCCGAGCUACCUUCCUCUUGGAGAAAUAAUGAUGGAGAAUCGAAGGUGUCGUGUAUGGAUCUCACGGUCAGGAAGGGGCUUAGGACGUGUGAGUGGGAGGUCGAGGAGGGUUGGAAGCCUGCGCCUGUGUUGAAUUCGACCCAGGACCCAAUACUGGUGUCCCAACAUGUCGCUCGAAAGGGGAAAGAGGCAGAGGGUUUGGAGGCGCCCUGGAUGUCUCUAAACGCCACAAGACUCGAUGAUAACCUCGCGAGGUUCAUCAUACAACCUACAAAUUCGAGGCACUGUAAGAUUUCCCUGGGCGGACCCGGAAAUGUUACGGUUGCGAGGUAUCGUGUAUUGAACACCGCUGGGCCCAGCUCCUCUAUCGCCCACGCCAGCCAGAGAUUCGGGCGUAUCAGCGUGGAUGAUGUUGAGGAGACGAUACGUGGGACGACAUGGCACGAGUUUGAGGUUCCAGGUGGAAGAGAUGCGGGCGUGCGGGAGGUUAGCCUUUGGAGUCGAACGUGGGUCAGAGAAUUCGUGGUCGAGGUUGAGUGGGAUCAUGGACGUGAUGAAGAUGUGGACGAUUCCUCAGACGAAGAUGAGGGUAAGGAAAGGGAGACAAGACUUGGAGGAAGGGUGGCAUGCGAUUGGGAUGAAUAUGGUGGUGGUUGGGCACUCGGGGCGACUUCAACCUCGAUGGAUCCAGAUUCAGAGCUAGAGAUGUUCGGAGAUGAUAACGUUCGUGGUGAAGAGGGACUGGGAGCACAUAUACCGGCACUAGAGGAGGUUUUGGAGUUUUUGCCGGAGUGGGCUAUCCCGACGGCAUCCAAUGGACUUGUGGAGGUUGUUGGUGGAUUUUUCAUUUGAGUGGCGUUCGCUCUCUCAUGCGAAUAUUUUCAGUGUUCAUUUUUUCUCGUUCGGUUUGUACUCACGCUUCGUUCCAGACUCGAUCACCCCCUGGUUGCCCCCUGGACGCCAAUCUGGCGACCAACUAAUAGUUUUGAUACCUGAUUUCUGAUCUCCAUAUUCACGCUGUCGUUCGUUGUAUCUACGACUGUAGCAUACUACUCUUGUACAUAUGUAUACUAGCCCUCUGUACUCAUACGCCUCAGCGCUACUGUUGGUUUACCUUGCUUUUUUGUACAUGUCCAAUGUUCCAUCUCAUGAUCUAAGUAUAAUGGUUUACUCUUUUCUUUACUGUCC